AUGAUAGAGAACCUUCUUGAAAGGAUUUCGCAUGAUGCUGAUGUCAAAGGUGUUUUACCAGCUAUCAGUUCAGAGGGCAGAGAUCAAAUGGUUGCGGCUGUUGAAAUAUUCCAGACAUCAUUCUUGGCUCUUUGCUUGAGUUGCCUAUCGGAUCUUGUGAAUUCCAUAUUUCCUGUGUCCAGCCGUGGAAGUGUUCGCUCCAAAGAACAGAUCUCAAAGAUUAUAUCACGCAUUCAGGAAGAGAUCGAAGCUGUUCAGUUGGACGGGCAUUUGACCCUUCUUGUCUUGCAUGAAAUUGGCAAGGCUUUGAUCCAGCUUGCACAACGUGCUGAGUACCAGAUAUCCACUGGUCCUGAAGCGCGUCAAGUAAGUGGUCCAGCAACUGCCGCCCAACUCAAGAACUUCACAUUAUGUCAACAUCUACAAGAAAUUCAUACACGCAUAUCAUCAAUGGUUACAGGACUUCCCAGCAUUGCUGCAGAUGUGUUGUCUCCCUCGUUAGGUGCAGUAUAUGGGGUUGCCUGUGACUCGGUGACAUCCUUGUUCCAAGCAAUGCUUGAACGGCUUGAGUCUUGCAUCUUGCAAAUUCAUGACCAAAAGUUUGGUGCGCUUGGAAUGGAUGCUGCAAUGGACAACAGUGCAUCACCUUACAUGGAGGAGUUGCAGAAGUGCAUUCUUCACUUCCGUAGUGAGUUCCUAUCUAGGCUGCUGCCUUCCGCAACAAAUGCUAGGGCUGUAGGGACGGAAACCAUUUGCACUCGCCUUGUUAGGAAUAUGGCUUCACGGGUCCUAAUAUUCUUUAUCAGGCAUGCUUCUCUUGUUAGACCCCUUUCAGAAUCAGGCAAGCUUAGGAUGGCCAGAGACAUGGCUGAGCUGGAGUUAGCUGUGGGUCAGAAUUUGUUCCCAGUGGAGCAACUUGGUGCACCAUACCGAGCCCUUCGAGCAUUCCGACCCCUUAUUUUCUUAGAAACAUCUCAACUGGGAGAUUCUCCUCUUCUUCAAGAUUUGCCACUAAGUGUAAUACUUCACCAUCUUUACUCCAGAGGCCCUGACGCAUUGCAGUCACCACUGCAAAGAAACAAACUUGCACCUCUGCAGUAUUCCUUGUGGCUAGAUUCUCAAGGUGAGGAUCAGAUCUGGAAAGGUAUCAAGGCAACUCUGGAUGAUUAUGCUGCAAAUGUUAGGGUCAGAGGAGACAAGGAGUUUAGCCCUGUAUAUCCUCUUAUGCUUCGAUUAGGAUCGUCUAUGACCAGGAAUACUCCAGCGUCCCAAAAGCCUUGAUAUAUAGUAUACCUAUUUUAAAAUCAUUCUCAAACCAGAAAUGGUGUUCGCCAGGUUUUUGCUUUUAGGUUAGAUGUUGCAGUUGGAAAUUGUUGCCGAAACUUCACAAAAGACCAUUCUGGUUCAGGUGGCAACUUUGAGGUUCAUACUUGAUGGCUGGAUCCGCAGAAUGGCUGCAUAGAAUUCAUUUGUAUCUAGUCUAGAAUAUUUUUCGAGUUUGGUUAUUGUAUUCAUUGUUUCACCUACAUGUCAUCCUUCCAUUUGUGGUCAUAAUGUACCCUAAUUUUUGUGUAAAAUAUAAAAGUGUUCUUUAUUUUUUUUU